AUGAGUGAAGGAGAUGGACCUCAAGAUUUCAUGUCUGUUUUGAAACAGACUAAGGCCAAGCAAGAGGAAAAAAAAGUGGUCAUAAAGUCUAAGAAGGAAAAGGAAAAGGAGAAGAAAGAAAAGGAAAAGCAGAGAAAGAAGGAAUUGGCUGCUAAAAAGAAGGCCAAGCAACAAGAACAAAAGGCCCAACAAGCAGCUCAAAAUCAAAAGAACGCCGAUGAUGCUGCCAAGGCUAAAGAGGAAAAGAAUAGCAAGAAGGCUGAUUCCGACUCUCCUAGAGAAACCCCAGCCCCAGCUUCAGCUGCUGCUGGUAAGAAGGGAAAAGGUAAGAAGAUCAACCCUGCCAUUGCUGCCUUGAGAAAACAAAUGGAAUUGAGAAAGCAACAAGAAGAAGAGGAAAGAUUGCUCCAAGAAGAAGAAGAAAGAUUAGCUAAGGAAGAAGAAGAAAAGAGAAUUGCCGAAGAAAAACAAUUAGAAGAACAAAAGAAAUUGAAGAAAGAAAAGGAAAAGGCAAGAAUCGAAAGAUUGAAGGCUGAAGGUAAAUUCUUGACUAAGAAACAAAAAGAAGAAAAGAAAUUGCAAGAAAGAAGAAAACAGCAAUUGUUGCAAAGUGGUAAUGUUAGUGUUGCAGGUUUGAAAGCCGAUGGUUCUAAAGAAAGUACUCAGAAGAAGAAGAUUGUCUACGGUGACAAAAAGAAGAAGUCUAGCGCUGAAAGAGCCGCUGAAAAGGCUAAGAAGGAAGAAGAAGCCAGAAAGAAGGCUGAAGAAGAGGCUGCCAAAGCUGCUGCCGCCAAGGCCGAAGAAGAAGAUGAGGAUGAUGAUUUGAUAGAUGACUGGGAAGCCAUGGCUUUGGAUGAUGAUGAAGAAGAAGAAGAAGAAGAACAAACUGCUACUGGUGAAGAUUGGAGCGCGAAAGCUGAAGAAGAAGAAAAGGAAAGCAGUGAAGAAAAGCAAAAUGAAUCAUCCGAAACUCCUGCCAGCACAUCUGCCGAGCCAGUGUACGCUGAAGAAAUCGAAGAAAUCUCUACUCCAGGUGCUGCUGCCAAGAGUAGUGGUAAAAAUGAUUUGCGUUCUCCAAUUUGUUGUAUUUUGGGUCAUGUCGAUACUGGUAAGACUAAAUUAUUGGAUAAAAUUCGUCAAACUAAUGUUCAAGGUGGUGAAGCUGGUGGUAUUACCCAACAAAUUGGUGCUACUUACUUCCCAAUGACCGCUAUCAAACAAAAGACUAAGGUUAUGGAAAAAUUCGAAGAAAAUAUUUCUUUCCAAGUCCCAGGUUUAUUGAUUAUUGAUACCCCAGGGCACGAGUCUUUCACCAAUUUGAGAUCCAGAGGUUCCUCAUUGUGUAACAUUGCCAUUUUGGUCAUUGAUAUUAUGCAUGGUUUGGAACAACAAACUAUUGAAUCUAUCAGAUUAUUGAGAGACAGAAAGGCACCAUUCAUUGUGGCCCUUAAUAAGAUUGAUAGAUUGUACGGUUGGGAAGUGUCUAAGGAUAACUCUUUCAGAGACUCUUUUGCUCAACAAACACAGGCUGUCAAGAGCGAAUUCGAAGAUCGUUUGUCAAAGAUCAAGGUCCAAUUGGCCGAACAAGGUCUUAAUUCUGAAUUAUAUUUCCAAAACAAGAACAUGGCUAAGUUCGUCUCUAUUGUUCCAACUUCCGCCGUUACUGGUGAAGGUGUUCCAGAUUUGUUAUGGUUAUUGUUGGAAUUGACUACCAAGAGAAUGUCCAAACAAUUGAUGUACCUUUCUGAAGUUGAAGCUACCAUUUUGGAAGUUAAAGUUGUCGAAGGUUUCGGUUACACUAUUGAUGUUGUUUUAAAUAAUGGUAUCUUACGUGAAGGUGAUAGAGUGGUUUUGUGUGGUUUGAAUGGUCCUAUUGUCACUAAUAUCAGAGCUUUAUUGACACCACAACCAUUGAGAGAAUUAAGAAUUAAAUCUGAUUACGUUCAUAAUAAGGAAGUCAAGGCUGCCUUGGGUGUUAAGAUCGCUGCCAAUGACUUGGAAAAAGCUGUUGCUGGUUCUAGAUUAUUGGUUGUUGGCCCAGAAGAUGAUGAAGAAGAAUUAAUGGACGAAGUUAUGGAUGACUUGACUGGUUUGCUUAACUCCGUCGAUUCCAGUGGUAGAGGUGUUACCGUCCAAGCCUCAACUUUGGGUUCCUUAGAAGCUUUGUUGAGUUUCUUGAAAGAUAUGAAGAUUCCAGUCAUGUCUGUUGGUUUGGGUCCAGUUUUCAAGAGAGAUGUCAUGAAGGCAACUACUAUGCUGGACAAGGCUCCAGAAUAUGCAGUUAUGUUGUGUUUUGAUGUCAAGAUUGAUAAAGAAGCUGAGCAAUACGCUGAAGAGCACAAGAUUACUAUUUUCAAUGCCGAAAUUAUUUAUCACUUGUUUGAUGCGUUUACUGCUUACCAAGAGAAACUUUUGGAAGAAAAGAGAAAGAACUUUAUGGAGUUUGCUAUUUUCCCAUGUGUUUUGAACACCAUUCAAAUUAUUAAUAAGAGAAACCCAAUGAUUAUUGGUGUUGACGUUGCCGAAGGUUCUGUGCGUAUUGGUACCCCAAUUUGUGCGGUUAAGAUAAACCCAGAGACUAAACAAAGAGAUGUUUUGCUAUUGGGUAAGGUUGUUAGUCUUGAAGUUAACCACAAUUCCCAGAAUAUUGUCAAGAAGGGACAGACUGCCCAAGGUGUGGCUAUGAGAUUGGAAGGUCCAAGUGGUGCUCAGCCGGUCUGGGGUAGACAUGUUGAUGAAAAGGACAAGUUGUACUCUUUGAUCUCCAGAAAGAGUAUUGAUACUUUGAAGGAUGCCGCAUUUAGAGACCAAGUCCCAAGAGAAGACUGGUUGUUGAUUAAAGCCUUAAAGCCUGUGUUUGAUAUCAAAUAA